GGCGUGUCUGCUCCAUUUAACGUUGGAGAUAUCAAAAAACGAACGCACUCAUCAACCAGAGAACCAAAAUGCUCAGUCAAGCUCCCCAUGCAUCAACAAGCUCUCCCGUUUAUCUCAUCCACCACCCUCUCCGCCUUAACACUACUGUUUCUCCUCGCUCUGCUUCUUUUAAUGUUUCUCGAGUGAAUGGAGUCAUGAACACGGGGCGGAGUCAGGCAAUGAACAGGCGAGUGGUAGUUUCAGCCUCUGAGGACCAGAGCUCGAACUCCAAGUUGGAUCGGAAAAGAAAAGUUGUGGAACACAUUUGUCUGCUCAAAGCAAAGGAGAAUUUAUCUGAUAAGGAAGAGAAGGAUAUGCUGGAUUAUCUCUAUACAACUCAAUAUCAAAUGGGUGGAAUUGUUGCAAUAUCAUUAGGACGUAUCUCAGAAGAAAAUCUCGAAAAUUACACGCAUGCUGUCUAUAUGCGUUUCCAAAGGAAAGAAGACCUUGCAAAAUUCUAUGAGAACCCUUUCUACUUGGGAGUUCUCAAAGGGCAUGUUAUGCCUUACUGUCAUGGAUUAGUCAAUGUAGAUUUUGAAGCUGAAGUAGAAGAUGAUAUCCUUACUAUCUUUCGAAAAGGAGAGGAAUUCAACUAUGGUCUAGAGUUUGUGCUUUUGAUUUCAUUUGUUAAUAAUGCAAUUGGUGGACCUGUUGAACAUGCACUGGCUUCUUUUGCAAGGCUGACAAUUGGGUUUCCAUCCUUAAUUGUCCAAUCUACUCAAGGUCUCAAUUUAAAUCUCGGCAAUGAGGAAUAUACACAUGGAAUAGUGAUACGAUUUCGGUCACUCGAGGCCUUUGAGAUAUUUAUGGGAAGUUCAGAAUACCAAGAUAUGUGGAGGUCUAAGUUCCAUCCAAUCACCCAGAAAACACUUUCUAUUCAUUUUUCUGUAGAUCCAGUGGGCACUGAGAUUAUGUAGUGAGGUCCUUCGUGGUUUUGAAAACUCAUUCUUCCUCAUUUUGUUCAACAUUCUAAGAGUAGGUGUACAGUUGCUGGAUUCAAGUUACCUUCCUCUGUUGAUAAAGCUGUUCGAAGUGAUGAGGUUGUUUGUGUUGGGUUUAUCCGAAGCUGUUGCACAUCAUCUGAAGUUGCUGUUUUUAUCUUAACAGGGGGGAGGGGGAGAAGAGUGGCGGUUUACAAAGUUAUGCUGAUGCUGCUUUCUUGAUUCUUUUGCUUGUCCUUUCCUAUGUAUUACUAUAGAUAUAUUUCACCAACUGCAUUUUCUCUCUUGCACUUGUAUGUGCAUUUUCUUUAAGUGUAGGUGUCCAUCUCUUGUUGCGUUUCUCUUCGACAAGAAGUGAUAUAUUUUUGAAGAGUUGUUUGUAGCUUGUCUGCAUAUAUUAACUGCAAAACACGCUCGGUAUGUACUCUUGGACAGAGACACGACCUUUUGGUUAAAAUGUUAUUCAUGUAGUUGGAGACAGGCCCAACUGCCAGGUACUUGAUCUGUCCUACAGAAUCCUGGUAGGGAAGCAAUACGUUGGAUGAUACUUUGAACCUAAUCAGUUCCAUCCUUGGAAAUUGAUGGAAAAAUAUCCAUAUACAGGAAGAUGUCUUCUGUUUACUUCUAAUAAUUUCAGCUUAACUCAGCUCAUGGGAAGAACAUUUCUGUAUAGUGGCUCCAUUGACUGAUAAAGAAUCAUAGUUCUUCCUGUACAAGGAAGGUCAAACAAUACAUCUGAAGUUGCUGUCUUUAUCUUAACAGGGGGGAGGGGGGAAGAGUGGCGGUUUACGAAGUUAUGUUGAAGCUGCCUUCUUGAUUCUUUUGCUUGCCCUUUCCUAUGUAUUAGUAUUACUGUAGAUAUAUUUCUCCAACUGCAAUUUCUCUCUUGCACUUGUAUGUGCAUUUUCUUCAUGUGUAGGUGCCCAUCUCUUGUGUCAUUUCUAUUAGACAAGAAGUGAUAUGCUUUUGAAAACUUGUUUCUAGUUUGUCUGCAUAUAUUAACUGCAAAACACGCACAGUAUGUAUGUAUGCUUGGACA